CAUCACAAAAAAUCGGAACCGCGACGAUUCAACGACGACGAAUAUCUCUACGCGCCAUCUCGAGAUCACGCCCACGCCGAAUCCCCUUGUCGAAUACCCGAAGAUUUCCGCAACGGUCUCCUAUCAUCUUACCCUCCAGUUCAUCACAUUGCACAAUGGCAGCGGUCGCUCCUCCCCGCGGCCUCGCGCCAAACGCAUCAUUACCCGCCAAAGUUGCGACUGUCGCUCCGAACCAGACGCUCUAUGUCACAAACCUACCGUCCAACAAGAUACAAAAAGCCGACUUGCGAACCGAACUCUACUUGCUGUUCUCCACAUACGGUCCCGUUCUCGACAUCGUCGCCAUGAAGACUAUGAAGAUGCGAGGACAAGCCCAUGUCACCUUCCGCGAUAUCCAAACAGCAACCCAGGCCAUGCGCUCCCUUGAAGGCUUUGAGUUCCUCGGUCGGCCCCUGACCGUUCAGUACGCAAAGUCCAAGUCCGACUUCGUUGCCAAAUUAGACGGCACAUACAAGAUGCCAAACUCGACAGCAGGAGCUUCCAGCACCGAAGUAACGGAUCUUCAGAAGAGUAUCUUCAACGCCCCCGCACCUGGUGCCGCAUCAGGGGCUGCCGCAGGGGCCGCCACGGCGAAGCCAGCAGCUGGGGGUGAUCAAACCAUGGCUGACGCCCAAACUGCUGAUGCAAGAGGCCAGAAACGGACCAGAGACGAGGAGGAAGACGAGGACAGUGAUGUUGCCAUGGAAGAGGACAGCGAUGACGAUUGAGAAUCUUAGCCUUACACUUGUUUUCAACCACGGUGAAAGUAAGGUAGGCAGGAGGGUCCCGGCAGCGGCGAGCUUCAGCCGGUUGAUUCCAGGGCCAUCUCUUUGGGCACCCAGAGCCCGACGCAUCCGCCCACCAGGCCGAGCCAUAGCAUCAUGUACUGCUCCUUGGAGCAGUUGAACCCCGACAUGGCGUCCCCGAGCAGGCAUGGAUGAAUGAAGAAUGACGGUAAUCCCGUGAGGGGGUGGUGCUGCGACCUCGAUUCUGAU